UGUAAAAGGAUAAUAAUAAACAUUACUUUGCUCUUUUGCUAGUAGAAAAAAAAAAUCUUUGUCUUAUGUAAAAGUAACAUGUAUUUGACCAUUGUAUGAAUAUUUAGCAUAGCAAGAGACUCGUUAAAAUUUUUUUAAAAAAGCAUAAGCAUGAUUUCUUCUGAUGGACAUCCAGUGUUUUCAGAAAAGGAACAAACGUUCCCCCUCCUUACAUCUCCUGAGGUACUUCCAAAACCAGUCGACACAAAAACACGAUAAAGAUUGCUUUAAAAGUACAAAGUAAAUGAGACACAAUGAGUUGUUGAUUCUUUUACAAUUAAACCUCUUAUACAGAAGAUUAAAAAGUAAGAAUAUUUGGGACCUACUUUUCAGACUGUGUGUAGGGAGCAAACUUAGCAAGAGGGAAAUGGCAAAGAAAAGUUAGAGGUAUCUUUAGUUCAAGAGCUGAAAGCAAUUUUACUCAAAACUAAAGAAACUCAGAGGAAAAUCAGCAAAUCUAAAAUUAUGAAACCAGUGGCACUUUCAAAAAAACUUAUGUUGAAACUGUGGUCACAAGUUUCUUUAUUUUGCCAUUAUCUCUUAUCAUGGUAUUUCCUUUCGGGUGACAUAGCUCUUUUUUGCAGUUUUCUCUUAACUUGACGACUGCAGCACAUUUUACGGUCAGUGCAAGACGGCCGGCGCUGAGCAUCAACCAAUGGAAGGGACUUAUGGGAAUUUAGAUCUUGAAGAAUCCAUUUACCAAACUCCUUCAUGUAAGGACAGAGGUUCAAGCAGCUCCAAGAAGAGACUUUACCUAGAAGUAAUUAUAUUUUUGGGAAUUCUGAAUGUUUUACUGCUGGCUGGACUCAUCGCCCUCGGUGUACACUCUCGUUAUCUGGCACCACGUCUUUCCAACAACCCGACCAAGGAUACCAAUGACAACCUGUCUGCCACACUCAAAGCUGACCUCACCAAAAUGGUUAAAAAGCUACCAGUGUCUGGAGGUUGGACCUGCAGCGUUGCUCCGCAGCAGUUUCCUGCAGCCCAGAUCGAUGCUGGCCAGGGGAUGGUUGUGAUGACAGACAAAAACUCCAGCGCCUUCUUCUUGAGUAGAUCAAGUUGGUCCAAACUGGGCUCGGUGUCUCUUAAGCAUGUCUCAGUGGGACCUGCAGGGAUCUGGGGAGUCGACCAGCAGAACGAAGUCUAUAAAUUUGUAGCCAGUGAUUUUGUUCCUACCCAUGGUCUGGAGUUAAAGCAGGUAGAUGCAGGAGGACAAGGUCAGGUAAUAGGAGUUGCUAAGAGUGACAGAAUCCACUGCCUGACUGCCAACAAAGCCUCAUCCAUAAAGGAGAUCAUGCACUGGAGCACCAGUAGUGUGACUGAUCUGCUGAUUUAUAUCAGUUGUGCUCCAACUGGAUGCUGGGGAGUGAACGCACAACAAUCAAUCUUCUUCACGCAAAUCUCAAACUCCUGCGUCAAACCUGGAAUCUGGAACAAGGUGGAUGGAGAGGCAGUAAAUGUUGAAGUUGGGAGUGACGGAAAUGUCUUUGUUGUAAAUCGACUUGGACUGCUCUACGAAAGAACUGGCAUCUCUGACCAUGUUCCACAGGGCACAGAUUGGAAGAAAAUUGAAAUGUCUGUGAAGAUCAAACAUGCCAGCUACGACCUGGGGUAUCUGUGGCUUGUGACUGAGGAAGGUUUCAUUGUGAAAUGCACCAAGUAACCAGGUGGAAGUCCUCACUUUAAACUUUUCUCAUUUCAUGACUUCUGUGGUUCAAACCUGUGUUUGCUUUAUCAUCAGAAUACACAGCAUUUAUGGUGAUGUUUAGGCCCAGGCUUAAGCAGGAGUCUGGGCCUCCUGUUUAACCAUAGUAGGAGGUUUGUAAUGCUGUAUUAUAACGCCUCAAUAUGUAAUAAUGUGAUAAAUUCUGGCUUCAAUAUGUAAUUAAACGUAUUUACAACCACAUUAUGUAAAAUGCAAAAGGUAGUAAAAUCUUUGAACACAUUGUAAUAGUUUCUGUUGCAUCAUGCAUGAUUACAAAAUGUAGAGGUCGCUUUUUUUUUUAUAAUAACGUAAUAAUGUGGUAAGUUAUGCAAUGAAGUUCCACAAACCUUGUUUUCAUCCUGAUCAAUAUUCUUCUAAUAAUAGUCAAAUUGCAUUGCCUUUGUAUUUGUAUUUUUGAAACUUUGAAAGAUUUAAAGUGUCAUAAAACAGCAUGGAUGUUUGAUUCUUGGGGCUAAUCUUCGUGUUAUUUUCCCAACCUGGAAAAUAUAAAAGCUAUGCUCUUUAACACCAAACACAGCCCCUACUUUUUUUCACAGACUCCUUUGUCUCUGUGCUUUUCUUCUCACUUUGCAAAGUUUUAAUAAAUUUGUUACA